AUGAGGUUGGAAAAGCCAGAUGAAGAGACACGGCCCAUCAUGCGGCUCGUCUACCGUGGACGUUGUGCAUCUCUCUGGGAGCUUGUGGAUGAUCCGGACUCUUCGAAGGCUGCCUGGUGGCUCUCCAUUUGCUUGAAGGCACCUUGGAUGCUCCUCAGGGUCGUGGCUUUUCUUCAGAGCGUGGAGGGGCCUCUGUGGAGUCAGACGUUGAACUACCUGGGUAGCACUUGUGACUUGGUCUUCUGCCUUGAGUUCCUCGUGCGCCUGGUCGCCGCCCCACGCAAGAUGGUCCACCUUCAGGAUCCUUUCAAUUGGAUGGACUUCCUGGCCGCCCUGGCGCUGCCCUUGCGCAUCUCCGUGGUCUUACACCCAUACUCCUCGGCGGCCGAGGUGAUCUUGCUCUUUUUUCUGCCGGUCGUGUGCUCCUUAAAGCUGCUCCGCUAUUUUGAGUCCUUCCACUUGCUGAUUGGCGCCUGCAAACGUUCCGUCCCUGCCUUACCAAUGCUGCUGUACACCAUGGGCGUCAUUACCUUGCUGUCCUCCAGUGCAAUCUAUUUGGUGGAAUCACGGGACAAUAUUCCCAGUAUGCCACAUGCUCUUUGGUUAGCCUUGGUCACCGUCACCACCGUGGGCUACGGCGAUUUUGCUCCAAAAUCCACUCCGGGCUACGUGGUGGUCUCCAUCCUCUCAUGCGUCAGCGUCUUAUUCUUGGGCUUGCCGGUGGGAAUCAUUGGUCAUGAAUUCAAAAACUGCUGGGAAAGCCGCUCGCGCGUGCUCCUCACGACGCGCGUGCGGAAAUGCCUGGCCAAGUGGGGCUACACCGCGCAAGACUUGCGCGUGUUGGUGGAAUUCGUGGAUGAAGACGGCGACGGCCACUUGAACCUCUCCGAGUUUAUCGCCUUGAUCAACCAAAUGCGCAUUGGCAUUAGCGCCGAAGUGGCCAUCCAACUCUUCGUGCUCUUCGAUGACAACCAGAACGGAUGCUUAGUCUCUUGGCGCCGUCCGGGACCAUUCCGCGGACCGAAUCGCGGUCAGCAUGGAGGGCGUGUCACUCCAUGGAAGAACCUGUGCUCCUCAUUCGCACCAGUUCGAACAGCGAAUGCCUAA